CGGGGGUGGGACUCGUGAUUUUCUUUAAAGGGAACACUACUGGCUGUGCUGAACUACAAUCUUACAGGUAGAUAAGUUGAAGAUAAGUCUACUAUAACUUUGGUUUGUUGAAAUGAUGGUUCUAUUUCAAAGGUGUGCGCUGAAAAACCUUAUCCUGCCGAGUCCGUACUGUUGGGGUCGGGGAGUUCUACCAGCGAGUAAAAGUUAUAUCACUGAGUUCGCAUUUUGCCUCCUGCUUGGGCAUCGACGCACUGGAUACAGUACCAUUACAGGGAUCCCUGGUGUGAGAGAACGUACUCUUAUUGCAGUGAAACCAGAUGGGGUCCAGCGCCGCCUUGUGGGACAGAUAAUGCAACGCUUUGAGCAGAGAUGCUUCAAACUGGUGGGCAUGAAGAUGCUGCAGGCACCAGAGGAGCUGCUCUCUCAGCACUACCAGGAGUUAAGGAUGAAGCCCUUUUACCCCAGUCUCCUGCACUACAUGACCUCUGGUCCCAUAGUUGUUAUGGUGUGGGAGGGUCAUAAUGUGGUCCGGACAUCCCGGAUCAUGGUAGGAGACACCAACCCAUCCGAGGCCCGAGCAGGCACCGUCCGGGGGGAUUUCAGCAUUCACAUCAGCAGAAAUGUGGUCCAUGCCAGUGAUUCAGUAGAGGGGGCUCAGAGGGAGAUCCAGUUGUGGUUUCAUCAAAAUGAACUGAUGGAUUGGGACGGCUAUGACCACAAUAGCACCUACGAGCUUUGAGAAAGAGAUGGAAGGCAGAGAUGGAAAGAGCGUGAACGAGGUAGAACGGCCAUCUUGCAAUACUCAGUGCCCCACCUGCAAUCCUCAGCCUUCUCCAUCGUGGGUGGGUCCAAUACCCCAGAGCCCCUCGCCUACUUGUAUACAGUAAUGUAUAGUCCUCACCAUAUGUAUUUGGACAGUGAAAUUAAAAUGUACAUUUUGGCUCUAUACUCCAGCAUUUUGGAUUUGAGAUCAAAUGAUCCAUAUGACACUAUAUUAGAAUGUUAGUUUAUUUGAGGCUGAUUUCAUGAAAAUCUGUUUUACCAUUUAGACAUAAAAGCACUUUAUAUAUUUAGUCCCUCCAUUUGAAGAAAUCAUAAGUAUUUGGACAAAUGUACUUAUAGUGUAGUCUAAUGUUAGUAUUCGGUCCCAUAUCGCUUGGACCUAAUGACUUCAAGUUUGCAACUCUACAAACUCAUUGGCUGCAUUUGCAAUUUGUUUUUAAUGUAUUAUGGGACAUGUCUUACCCAAUAGUAACUAAAUUGUGAAUGGUG